GGUUUUCAGGAUGAAUCUGGAAAAACUCAGCAAACCAGAACUACUGACGCUGUUUAGCAUUCUUGAGGGAGAAUUAGAAGCAAGAGAUCUUGUCAUAGAAGCCUUGAAGGCCCAGCAUAGAGACACGUUCAUUGAAGAACGCUAUGGGAAAUACAACAUCAGUGAUCCAUUAAUGGCUUUGCAGAGAGAUUUUGAGACUCUGAAAGAGGAAAAUCACGGUGAAAAGCAACCAGUAUGCUCCAAUCCCUUAUCUAUUUUGAAAGUGGUGAUGAAACAUUGCAAGAACAUGCAGGAAAGAAUGUUAUCCCAACUAGCUGCUGCGGAAAGCAGGCACAGGAAGGUGAUCCUGGACCUGGAGGAGGAGCGGCAGCGGCAUGCCCAGGACACGGCCGAGGGGGAUGAUGUCACCUACAUGCUGGAGAAGGAGCGGGAGCGCCUCACCCAGCAGUUGGAGUUUGAAAAAUCCCAAGUGAAGAAGUUUGAAAAAGAACAGAAGAAGCUGUCCAGCCAGUUGGAGGAGGAAAGGGCACGCCACAAGCAGCUGUCUUCCAUGCUUGUAGUGGAGUGCAAGAAAGCCACGGCCAAAGCAGCUGAAGAGGGGCAGAAGACAGCAGAACUGAGCUUGAAGUUGGAAAAAGAGAAGAGUAAGGUGAGUAAACUGGAAGAGGAGCUGGCAUCCAAGAGGAAGCGGGGUUUACAGAUGGAAGCACAAGUAGAAAAGCAGCUCUCCGAGUUUGACAUUGAAAGGGAACAGCUGAAAGCCAAGCUGAACAGGGAAGAAAACCGUACAAAAGCACUCAAAGAAGAGGUGGAAUGUCUGAAGAAAGCCCUGAAAGAGCUGGAGGCUUCUUGCCAGCAGCACAGCCCUACCGAGCUGGCACAGCCAAGUCCCUCGGUGGUGUCCAGAGGUGUCGUGACCGACAGUCCCACAGCGAGGUCUGUGUCUUGCCAGACAGAGGGUCUGCAGGCAGAGCGAGGCAGGCCUGCCGGCAGCAAAGCUCUCCCCACCGCGUUGCCCAGCCCUCCUGCGCCUGCUCAUUCCUAUGCAAAAUCCAAUGGUCACUGCGAUGCAGACAUGCAGACGGGGAGCGAGCUGCUGCCGGCGGCUGCAGCCGAGAGCCCAGUUCAGAAGGAGAAAUCUGCUGGCGCGGCCCCAGAAAGCGCAGUUGAGAAUGGAAGUUCCCCCGUGAGAACAGAGUCGCCGGUGCAUCUGAUGUCCCAGCUCGCUGCCAGCGGGGUCUCCCUGUCUCCCAGCAGCACCGCUGCCUCCUCCCUAACGCCAUCUCCCUGCUCCUCGCCCGUUCUGACCAAGCGCUUGGUGGGAGCUUCAGCAAGCAGCCCUGGUUACCAGUCAUCCUACCAGGUGGGGAUCAACCAGCGUUUCCAUGCUGCUCGGCACAAGUUUCAGUCUCAAGCUGAGCAGGACCAUCAGUCAAGUGGUCUGCAGAGCCCACCCUCGCGGGAUUUGUCUCCUACUCUAGCCGAUAACUCUGCUGCCAAGCAGCUGGCCCGCAAUACGGUCACUCAGGUCCUUUCCAGGUUUACCAGCCAGCAGGGACCUAUUAAACCUGUCUCCCCUAACAGCUCGCCUUUUGGCACGGACUACCGAAAUCUGGCAAAUGCCAUGAGCCCCAAAAAUGAAUCUGGUCACUCUCCAAGCCCUGGCAAGGUUUCCAGCCCACUGAGCCCGCUGUCUCCUGGAAUUAAGUCACCAACCAUUCCGAGAGCAGAAAGAGGGAACCCUCCACCCAUUCCUCCAAAGAAACCCGGCCUCGCUCAGUCACCGGCUGCUCCGGCUCCGCUAACCAAAACCUCCUCCUCCGCGUCCUCUCUGGGUGCUCCCCUGGACGUGGCAAGCAGCUGCUCCAACACUGCCGUAGUGUCGAACGGCAAAGAGCUGGAGAUUCUCCUGCCGACCAGCAGCUAGUCUCCAGGGAAUGUCAAUGGGACCUCCAUGGCUUAGCAUCCUAGCGCUGAGACACUGUUUUUCCACUCCAUGUUAUUUAUUUCCGUAGUAGCAGAUUCUGUCUGUAUAAAGCAUUUAGUAUAUUUUUUUCUUUUCUAAUGGGUAGGAAAAUAUUUUUGUUUAUGAAGAAACCUUAACUACAGCUAUACAGUAGCCUCAGAAUGUCUCAUGGCAACAGCCAAAUCGUUAGAGGUAACAAGAACCAUGAUCACGUGGUGGGACCUAACGAACUAUCAAACUCUAAUGGGACCGAAACGCUACUUUUAAAUUAUGCAGAAAUAACUUUUGCAGACUUUUUACUCCAGAUGAACAUUUUAUAAAAAGUGCCUGAACGAA